GUUGCUUCAUCAUCUCCUGAGCUGCCUGGGACUGGGCUCUGGGUGAAUGGGGGGAGGGGGGUUCCCGGACUCCGAGGGGUUAACCCGCUCGGGGUUACACGUGACGUGGAUGGUUCCAGCAUUAAGUCAGAAACGCGGCCCCCGCCCCAACCCCCCCGCCCCCAGCCCCCCGCGGCGCGCGCCGCUCCCGGGGGCUCCGCGCCCCCGCGCCCAGGUCCCUCCCCCUUGGCUGGCGCUCACAGGCCGCGCGGGCAGCGCGAGCCCCGGAGCCCCGGAGGCCUCUGCGCCCGGAGCCGGCAUGGACCCCGAGCACUGCGCGCCCUUCCGCGUGGGGCCUGCGCCCGGCCCGUAUGCUGCCUCGGGGGACGAGCCUCCGGGCCCGCAGGGAACCCCCGCCGCUGCACCUCACCUGCACCCCGCGCCGCCCCGCGGCCCGGGGGUGACCCGCUUUCCGGGCUGCGGGUCCCUGGAGCCCUACCUCCCAGAGCCGGCCAAGCCGCCCGCCAAGUACCUGCAGGACCUCGGGCCCGGCCUGGCGCUCAACGGCGGCCACUUCUACGAGGGCCCCGCGGAAGCUGAGGAGAAGGCCUCCAAAGCUGCCAGCUUCCCCCAGCUGCCCUUGGAUUGCCGAGGGGGUCCCAGAGAGGGGCCCUCUAAUCUGCAACCCUCCCCAGGCCCCUGCCUGGCCAGCCUGCGUCUUCCUCUUUCCCCGGGACACCCUGACUCCAUGGAGUUGGCCAAGAACAAGAGCAAGAAGCGCCGUAACCGCACGACCUUCAGCACGUUCCAGCUGGAGGAGCUGGAGAAGGUCUUCCAGAAAACCCACUACCCUGAUGUGUACGCCCGGGAACAGCUGGCUCUGCGCACAGACCUGACCGAGGCCCGGGUACAGGUCUGGUUCCAGAACCGCAGAGCCAAGUGGCGGAAGCGCGAGCGUUAUGGGAAGAUCCAGGAGGGGCGGAACCCCUUCACGGCUGCCUAUGACAUCUCGGUGCUGCCCCACGCUGACAGCCACCCUCAGCUGCAGAACUCCCUGUGGGCCAGUCCAGGAUCUGGGAGCCCUGGGGGCCCCUGCCUUGUGUCUCCAGAGGGCAUCCCCUCACCAUGCAUGUCUCCAUAUUCCCACCCCCAUGGGAGUGUGGCUGGCUUCAUGGGGGUACCAGCCUCCUCUGCAGCUCACCCUGGCAUCUACUCCAUCCACAGCUUUCCCCCGACCCUUGGGGGCCACAGCUUUGAGUCCUCCUCAGACGGCGACUACAAGUCUCCAAGUCUCAUCUCGCUCAGGGUAAAGCCCAAGGAGCCACCCGGCCUUCUGAACUGGACCACGUGAUUGGUCACACGGACCUGCAGACUGAGCUGCCCACUUCCUUUUCCAUUCCCAGCCGCUCCCAGCCCACCCCUGCCUGGACAUCAGGGUGGAAGCACCUCUGUCUCCAAGCCCCAGAUGGUUCUGGAGGCCUGGGAGAGCAGCUGGCACUGUCAGCCCUCAGCAGGGAACAUGUUACAGGGUCUUUUCUCUUAGAAUAAAGUGGGGCUGGCUAGGAGAAGGGGCUUCGAAGCAGGUAGGACUCUUCCUACCACAAACUGAGCCCCCUCGCCCGAACUCUGGGCAGGAGGCAGGGAGACCCUGCCUUGCUUCCUCCAGCUUUGUCCAAGUCCAUUGUCAUCUCUCCAGCUAAGACAGCUUACUUGGCUCCUCGUUCAGGGAACCCAGGAAAAUGGGAGGAGAAGGGUGCCAAGUGGACUGGGGUAGCUCUUCAUGAUGAGACGGGAAACCACAAAGGGGGUCUCUGAUGAUGGGGUGGAAUCAGCCCUGCUUCCCCUCCCCUCCAGCAGGGGUACACUGGCAUCUGACACGAAUGAGGGCCUGAAGGCCAAGGUCAGCAUAGAAGGCAGCUGGCGCCCAGUGCAAUGGCUCACACCUGUAAUCCCAGCACUUUGGGAAGGUGAGGCAGGUAGAUCAUGAGGUCAAGAAAUCAAGACCAGCCUGACCAACAUGGUAAAACCCCCGUCUCUACUAAAAAUGCAAAACUUAGCUGGGUGUGGUGGCCCACACCUGUAAUCCCAGCUACUUGGGAGGCUGAGGCAGGAGAAUUGCUUGAACCUGGGAGGUAGAGGUUGCAGUGAGCCGAGAUCACUCCACUACACUCCAGCCUGGUGAGAGAGCAAGACUCCAUCUCAAAAAAAAAAGAAAAAAAAGGCACCUGGCUCCCCAGCUCCAGCCGCCCUCACUCCCACCCUGUGCCUGCACUCCCAGAUGCAGUCAUCUUCCCCUGCAAGGGGGGCAGAAAUUCCACCGGAAACCACCACAUAUUUGGAAUCUCUUCCAUGGGACCAGCCCAGAGCUAUGCCAUGGAAACCAUAUUGGAUGUUGGGCAGAAUAAAACAGAGUUCCACACA